UCCUCUUGUUCUUACUCUCAUCUUCAAAGCUUACAGAAUCAGAGGAAAGAAAUGGCCGUCUACCAGCAGCCCACCCAGGUAGUGACAGUCACCACCACAAAUCUAAACCAUGGGGAGUGGAGCACUGGACUCUUUGAUUGCUUCAGUGAUAUGGAAACUUGUUGCUGUGCCGUUUGGUGUUUUCCCUGCAUGCAGUGUGAUACAGCCAAAAAGCACGGCUGUUGUUGCUUCCUCCCAGUCCUGGAUGUAUGCUGCGUGGUGUCCUCUUUGCUCAGCAAGUCCAUCAGAGAGCGCUACGGCAUUGAUGGCUCGUGCUUUGUUGACUGGUAUAAAGCGUUUUGCUGUUACAUGUGUUUCUGGUGCCAGAUGCAUCGCGAGGUCAAGAUCAGGAACGGCCUGUAACUCACCAGCUCAAUGAUGGUCACUACUCAAGUUGUGAGAGGAUAGCAUGUAACCAUUUUGGCUGUUGGUUGGGUGAAUAUGACAAAGUUAUUUGGUAUAAUUUUGAAAUAACACAAUAAAUAAGAAAAGUUGAUUUCUGCUUCUAUUAGGCAAAAACAAAAAUAUAGCCUGACACACCAGCUGCCCUGCCCCCACCCACCCACCCACAACACGAAUGUGUAAGUUCCUGUGCUCGUGUGGUUCAGUGCAAUAUAUAGAAUCAACAUUUUUUUUUUAGGUUUGGCAGCAUGUUGGGUAUAUAAUAUAAUUGAGAAAAUUUCUUUACUCUGGCCAGUAAAAUCUGUGUACUUUCACAUGCUCACGGUUAUUGUAAUCUUUCUGAACUUUUGGUGAAAUAAAAAAAUAUUCAUAUUCACCCAGUAUGUAGCUCUACUUUAGUUUUUGUAGUUGGUGCUUUUGAGCUCUUCAGAUGAUGAUGUUAGUUCCCUUAUGUGUUUUUUUAUGUCCCAGUCUUAUCUCUGUGUUUGCACGUUGUGCCCAGGUUAAGGUUAAGACAGAAACCUUUCUGUCUUUGUGUCAAGUCUGAAUGUUUGAGUCCAUUCCUCUGUGCUAAUUAGUCACCAUCCCCUCAUGUCUCCUCACUCUCAGCUACCUAAUGUUUCUACUAUGUUUUUUUCUAGUAUACGUUUUGGUUACAGUUCUUUCGGUUCCCCUUUACAUUCUUGCAUUUUGUAUUUGCUCAUCGGCCAAAUAAACGGCUCAUUUUCAGUUUAA